GAGCAAGCCCAGGCAAUGGCUGCAUAUUUCUACACGUUAUCAUUACUCACAAACCCACACCGGGCAUUUUGCUUCCCCUCUGCAGUCACUGCCGUACUUUCAGCCCAACAGAUCUCCACAACAAGCAACAAAACAGAUCCAAGGUCUCAUACUGACCUGCAAGGGACAAUGGAGGAGAGAUGGGCAGCAGAUGAACGGACAAAGUUACCAUAUACAGGACAUCAUCUCCAUCUUGGUGCUCGAAGAGGGAGUGAUACGUCAAAUGUCAUCUCAGCAGAGUUUUGGCAAGAUCCAUCAGAAACGCAGUUGCCUGGAUUCCUACCUCAGGAUUUACUCAGGAUAUCAGAGGUGGAAAUGCGAGGAUCUGAAGAUGUUGCUACAGGAACAGUGCUACAAAGGCUAAUCCAAGAGCAGCUACGUUAUGGCAACCCAAACGAGAAUAUGAACUUCCUGGCUAUCCAGCACCAGGCCACGGGGAGUGCAGGACCGACCAAUAUUGCCACCAAUACUGUUUCAUCCACGGAGAAUAUCCCUCAAGAAGACCCACAAAUGGUCAACCAGUCAGCAAGGCAAGAACCUCAGGGGCAAGAACAUCACGUGGACAAUACAGUGAUGGAGAAGACCAUGAGGACCCCUCAGCUCCAGCAAAAUAGUGAGGAGUUACCAACAUACGAAGAAGCCAAGGCUCAGUCCCAGUUUUUCAGGGGCCAACAGCUGGCGCCUGUUACUUCUGGUUAUUGCGUUGCAGGACUGGUGGCAAAUCACAAAUCCAAAACCGAGGGGAGGCCAACUGUAAGCCGGGCGAGCAGCGGCCAGGCUCACCAAGAUGAAGCACUUAAAGAGCUCAAGCAGGGUCACGUUCGCUCUAUGAGUGAGAGGAUUAUGUUGUCCCUGGAGAGGAACGGAGCUAAGCAGCACCCUUCUACCUCAGGUAGCAUCAAGGGACUUAGAAACGGAGCUCCAUCACCGGUCCAGCCCCCGGCAAAAGAGAUGGAGCAGAGAGGGCCCCCUCCAGACUAUCCCUCCAAGGUGAAGCAGAUAGUCAGUCCCAUGAACAAAAUGCAAGAACAGGUUCAUUAUUACAAUGAACAGCAACACCCUGGGGCUCAGGAUGUAAGUAAGCCAUUUCUAACCAUACAGCCAGCCAGGAGUGAGGUCCUGCGAUACCAGCACCCUCCCGAGUAUAAUAUAACCAGCCGACAAUGUCAGCAGCUUCCAUUCCCUUUGGUACCUCUGCAGCAUCACAGCCCCAUGUCCUCCCAAGCCUCGUCCUUCAGUGGCUCCUUGCACUCUACUCCCCUGCCGCUGUUACCCAUCAACAUGCCACCCCACCCCUCUCCGUCCCCGUCGCCCAGCCAGCAGCUGUCGCCAGAAACCAUUGCCAUGGUGGAGAGGGCACAGCAGAUGGUGGAGAUACUGACCAAAGAGAACAGCACCUUGCGCCAGCAUUUGCAGAACUGUUAUGAAAAGACGGACAAGCUCCAAAAGUUUGAAACAGAAAUACAGAAGAUUUCCGAGGCUUACGAGAGUCUGGUGAAGUCUUCCGCAAAGAGAGAAUCGCUGGACAAAGCCAUGAAAAACAGACUGGAAGGCGAGAUCCGGAGGCUGCACGAUUUUAAUCGGGAUUUAAGAGACCGCCUGGAGACCGCCAACAGGCAGCUGGCCAGCAGGGAGUAUAAUGGGCCGGAGGAAGCGUUGGAAGAGGGGAAUUAUGCAUUAAAAAACAAAGAGCACUUGAAGGAAAAGGAAAGGCUGGAAAGGGAAUUGGCAGCGCUGCGCACAACCAACGAGGAUCAGAGGAGGCACAUUGAAAUCCUAGACCAGGCGCUCAACAGUGCCCAGGCCAAGGUGAUCAAACUGGAAGAGGAGCUACGCAAGAAACAAGUUUAUGUAGAAGAGGUGGAAAAGCUGCAGCAAGCCCUGACCCAACUGCAGGCUGCGGGGGAGAAGCGAGAACAAUUGGAGAUGCGACUUCGUACGCGGCUGGAGCGAGAGCUGGAGUCGUUACGGAUGCAGCAGCGCCAGACAAACUGUCAGACCUCCAGCAACCCAGAGUACAAUACCCCCAUGCUGAUGGAUCUGCUGCGCAAGAAGGAAGAGACCAUCUUAGCCCUGGAAGCUGAUAUGACCAAGUGGGAGCAGAAGUACUUGGAGGAGAGCGCCAUGAGGCACUUCGCUAUGGACGCCGCGGCCACGGCAGCUGCUCAGAGGGACACAACCAUCAUAAACCACUCAAGGAAUGGAAGCCACAACGAUAACUCACUGGAGGUACGAUCAUGGCAGGAAGAUGAGGAGAUCAUUCAGGCCAACCGGAAGUUCCAGGAUAUGGAGCACACGAUCAAAAAUCUGCAUGCAAAAAUAAUCGAGCAAGAUGCUAUGAUUAAAGUCCUCCAUCAGCGCUCGCGGAAGGAUCCCGGGAAGAAUGACAGCUCCAGUUUACGCCCGGCCCGCUCCGUACCUUCUAUCGCUGCCGUGACUCUGCCCAACACAAGCACAGGAGUCCAUUCCAGGCAGACAUCGGUGAACAGCAACCAGGCGGCCGAGGAGAAGAAGGAAGAGAAAGCCCGCAAGGGAAGUAUAGGUCUGAAUCAAGGCAAGGAUCACCAUGAAAUCCCAUCACCUUCCUUACUGCUUCUCCCUCCAUCUUUGUUUCUGCCGCCCCCAAUACCACUUGUGACGGCAUCUCAUGCCAAAACAGGAAGCAAAGACAACAGCACCCAGACGGAGAAGAGUCCUGAGCUGUUUUGGCCAAACAGUGCUUCGCUCCCAGGCAGGGGGCGGAUAAACAUGACUCCCUCGAGCAGCCCCUUGCUACGGCACACUGCCAACAAAGCAUGUGAGAAACUAGAUAAUUCCCCUGUUCUUGGGAAGACUCCAGAUCACAGAGGGCGAGUUGGCAACACUGCUCACAAAAACGACUUCCCGGAAGCAGAAAAUACAAUGGAAGUCCUUAUUUAAAGACAUUUGUUGUACAGAAGCCCUCUCCCCUGAUGACAGGAGCCUAUAGACACGCAGGGCUGGAGUCAGCCCACAGGAAGGCCAUGGUUUGACAAGCGGAUAAAGAAAAGCAAUGGGAGGACCCAGAAGUUUUGUUGAAGGACUUUGGAAUGUCAUUGGCUGGAGUCAAGGAGAAGGCAAAGACUUAUCCCCAUUGUAUGGGUUUUAAUAAUUUGCAUGAAAUUUUAUAUUUCUGUCCUGCAGCUACAUUUCACAUUUGUAUUGAGUUGCCCAUUAAAAAGGCACAAUGGCCUUUGACUUAAUAAAAUCUCCCAUCGUCUAUCUUA